GGACUACCCACCCCUCCCCUCCUACACCAAUCUGUGAGCCAUGUUAGAGCAGAGCGUAUUUUUGGUAGAUUGCAUCGUGACAAGUUUUCUUUAUGAAUUUCUCGCAAGAUAGCGACAAAAAUUAAAUCAACGCGGAAUAUCUUGGAUUUUUACAGACCAUGAUUCGUAUAAGUAUCCCCAAGUACCGCAAAAUCCGAGAUGAAAGCGGGGAAUACACGGUUUUCGAGAUUCGUGUAGCUAGGCCAGGGGGUCAAGCAAUGGUAGAGCGAAGGUACUCAGAAUUCUCGAAAUUUAACAAGAAACUACGGGAGAUCAUAGAACCACCAACGUUACCCCCAAAGACUAUUCUAAACAAGAGCUCAAGGCUUUUAGAAGCGCGAAGAGAAGGCCUUGAAUACUAUUUACAAAAUCUUAUUGGGAUUUAUGAAGUGUAUGGACUUUUAGGGGAAUUUCUGGACAUGGUCUUACCAACUGCCACUCCAUCUAGAUCAAGAACAAGCUCAAUAGAUGAUGUUGAUGCCGAAGUGGACUAUGUAUCGCAGCCAACUCACCAGAAUCUAUUACUGUUCACCAAGGAUCUUGUCAUGGAAUAUUUUGGUAAUGGGGAGAAUGGCUGCAUGGACAGGAAUUCAUUACCAGAUACUGUGAUAAAGGGAGUAUUGGAUGGGUUAUAUGGGGACCAGAGGACAGCCAGGUAGAACUAGACAAUUAGAUCAGAAGAAUCAGAUUAUUUGAGCAUCCACACAGUCAUAGCUUAAAGAAAUCUUCGAAUCAAGCAAUGUGCAAUUAGAAUUGUAUUUUUGAAUGACUUCUGCUCAUCUUGGAGAAUAUUUACUCCAUAAAGCCUGCAAGCUCUAUGGAGUAAAUUAAAAUUUUGUGAAGAAUUAAAAUUUUGUGGAACUGUUCAUAGAUGCUACAAGCCAAAAAAAUACAUGAUUUUGUGGAACUACACAUAGACACUGCAAACCAAAAAAAUGUAUUUUUUGUGGAAGAAGGCACUUUGUCCAGCCAUAAAAAAUUGAGUCUCAUUUUUAUACACCUAUUAACUCUUAACUCUUAAUAACCUAUUAUAGCUAAACGCUAAUGCCUAGGUGCAACAGGCGACAGGUCUAAAGACAUUGCAGGUGGCCAGGGAUCUGCAAGGGUCUAAUUGCUAGCAAGGCACUUGACUUAAGGAAGCUAAAGAUGGAGCGUCCACUUCCUCAGAGGGUAGCAGGUUCCACACCCUAACAGAUCUAGGGAAAAAAGAAUAACCAUGCGCUAGAAUACUGAAUUGUAUCUGCCUAUAUUGGUAAGGGUUUCUUCUGGUAGAUCUUGGAUUGAACAGGAUACACGGCAAUAAUUUAGCGUUCACAAAUGUGUUGCAGAUUUUAUAGAACAAGCAGGCCUGGGAUGGCUAUUUCAAAUAAGCUUGCAUUUGAGGAAACAAUGUUUUUUCAAGAAUGGAGAAAUAUGAAUAAAUUGAAACAAUCCAG